UCGAAAACGCUCUGGAGAGAGAUGAAGGAAAUUCAAAUUCCCAGGAAAAACUCUACGCGCUCAUCUGAUACCGCAACGAAGAGGAUCAUCAAGGAUCCUGAGCUGAAGAAUCGAAAGUUUGCGGAGAAGAGACAGAGCGCAACCGUCGGAAGCACGAACGAUCCAUCGGAUUUUGAUCCGAUCUAUUUCGCGAUCUCCGAUCACGAAGCCGAGAGUUUUCUGCAAGGAUCGAGUGUAGACCUCUUACCAACGCCAGAGAUUUGCGACGAAUCUCCAGUUUCAUCCGUUGCUAACAAGGCUUUUCACGUCAUCGACGCUGCGAUUGCUGCGGGCUUGCCUGCUUCUGUGCAGUCCUUGCGCGCCGAGAUCAGCGACCUGAAGAAAACGAUCUGUUCAGUUGAGAGUUCUGAUGAAAGUAAACGCGUCGAUGGAGCUGUUACUCUCAAAUUCCGCGUUGUGGUUUUGGUUUUCGUCCUUUGGGCUCUCUUAGCUGCGGUUGUGGUCGAAGUCAGCUCAGGAGAGGAGGUUGCUUACUCUGGACCACUUCCAACUUGAAGGAUUCAACUCACAAUCCAUGGAUUCUAUGAAUCGUCAGGAUCUUGGGUGUUGUCACUGAGAAACCAGGGGCCAAAAACUCAACUACUUAUUCGGAAGCUAAGCAUGUAAAAGGUGGAAGCAUAUACAUAAGGAAACAAUUCUACAGAUAAGUAUUUCGUAUUUGUUCUGAACAGUGUUGUGCUGAUAUUUCUAAUUGAUAUUGGCAACUUUAGUCUUAUUUAGUGUUAAUAAUUGAUAUGUUUAAGAAAGCCC